AUGGCUUCAGCACAGGUUUAUCGUUUCCAACAACGUAUAUCAAAUCUUCAAUCUCAUCAUAAACUUGCAUCGAUUCGACAUUGUGAGGCUGUUAGUAACUAUAUCAGUCAAAACAAUGAAUUGAUGAAAUCUUUGAUGGCUCAUUUAAAGGGUCCAGAUAAAAGUGUGAAAAGAACUAAAAGGAUUACAAAACCUCGGACAACACAUCCACAGUUAGCGAAAUCUGCACGUUUUUCUGCCAAGUCAUAUGCUAUGCAGUCAACUGUCGAGCAAUUAAACGCCAUACAUCACCAUUCAUUAUACAGGCAAAAAAACUUUGUGAACCAAUGUUUGCCUGAAGAAACAUGGAAUAAUUUCGGUACACCGGCGACUAAUGAUGAUCCUUCUGUGUGUAAUUCCAAAGAACCGAUAUUUCCACCACCGACAUAUACAGAACCAAGUUUAAAUUGUGAACCACGCAUACUUGAUGAUUGCUUGUGGGAAAUAUGGAAUGGAGAUAAUAAUGUUCUUCAAAGCAAGCACCAAAUGAGAACACAAACAAGUUAUACCUCGUGUGAUAAAAUAUAUUCAGGUGAUACCCCAUCUUCUAUCUAUAACGGUGCUCAAGAGAAACAAUAUUGGAGUCGUGAUGACGUGUCACUCGAUAUUAAGCAGCAGACAUUAAGUCGCAUUCCUGGUUAUAACAUACCAGCUGCACAACCAAAAGAUUCUUACUGGUUGAAACAAUCCACUUCCUAUGGCGAACCCAAGCACUUACUUCUUGUCAAUAAGCAUGAUAAUUUGUAUCGUAAUGAGCCGUUGAGUACUGCACAAAAUCCAUUCUCUCAUAAUCUGAACGUCAGUUGUAGGAAUAGUAAUUCUUUACUGACUAAUCAAAUGACCAAUUAUUCAGCUGAGUUUUGUACAUCGAAUUCUAGUUACGAGCUAACCGGGUCGUCAAAAAACCAUAUUAAUCCUAUUCUAGUAUCUACUUAUCCGUCGGUAGGAUCUGACAUAAACUCUUGUCGAUCAGCAAUUUUUGAUCCUGAUGAAUGUUUUAGGCCGUAUUAUGAUUGUACCUCUUAUCAUCCAUCCGGAAGCAACAAUAAUGGUAGUAGCAGUGGUGGUGAUAAUAGCAGCACCAGUAAUUAUCAUUUUUAUCGAGCAGAUCUGAGCGCCCUACAGUCAUAA